AUGUUCUUGUCUGCUGUUCUACGGGGGUGGAGGCAGCGGGGCUGGCGGUGGGAUACGCUGCAACGAGGCCGGCGGCGUGUGGUGCACAUAGAGUAUCCGCCGCGAAAGAGGUCUCCAGUAAAGAAACUCCACGACAGCUACGACAAGCUGCUCUUUGUGUGCCAGGGGUACAUAGACCGUCUGUCUAUAGAGAAAUUGCCUCCGGCUCUGCAGAAACAGCUGCAAGAGAUUCGAUCGAGCCCGGUUCCUCUCUACGACGGGCGAUUGCCCUGGUCUGAAGACCUACAGAAGGCAAUUAAGAGGACGCCUGUUCCCUGUCUCGCCUUCGCCACAGGACAUUCACAUCAUCUGCUGGAGGUAUUCACUAUGGAAGAAGUCCUCGCCCUUGAAAGGCUAAUCCCCGAAAUACGCCGCGGCUUUGCAGAGCUUAAGAAGAGGCUACCAGAGGAGGAGGCGGCCUCCGCGCGGGCGCGCCACCGAGCUUUGGACCUGACAGAGUAG